AUGGAAGUACAAAGCAACAAUGACGAGUCCCGUCCUGGUGCCACUCUACCUGGGGUGGUCGGACACCAGGAGACGGCAGUUGGAGGUGGCUCGCUUCAAAGGUCGACAUCAGCAAGCCAAAACCGGAACGAGGGGAUGCCCAGCAUGGCCCUCUCGUCCGGCAACACUACUACUGCUGAGACAUUCGUGACUACGGUCACGCGACGGAAUCAGGCAUUACAAGGAGAUUCGGAUACGGAUACAACAAAAACCCCCCCUGGAAAGUUGGCAACGAGGCUCGCAGAGGCAGCAACAACUAAAGACAAGGCGGAAGGAAACGCUCAGUUCCACAAGUGCCUAGAAGCUGUAUACGACACAUCCAAAAAGCUGGAGAACGAAGUAACCAUUGCAACCAACACCAAAAAAGAGAUUAAAGCACUGGUAACCAAACUGGCGACCGCUACAAAGGGACUGAUCCAUUGGGCCAGAGUCACUGGCAGAGUCAAGACGCAAACAAUAUCCAGAAGCUGUCAGGCAGGCACCACAGUGCAACACGAAUGCAAUGCCACCCAAACGGACGAAAAAGAGCUGGCACAAGCCGAACCCAGACACCAAGGAUCCGAGCUUACCAGAGCGCUGCAGCAACGGCUACAGCGGCAAGUGGGCCAGCAGCAACAACGACAGUGGCAGAUAGGAGAGGAGGAGCAACGACCGCAGCAGCAGGCAAAGCAGCAGCGAAAAAUACAAUCAGAACGACAGCAGCCACGGCAAGAAAAAUCCCAGCAACCACAACAGCAGCAAAACCAACGAGAAAACGGGCCAGCACAACAGCAACAGAGCCGCAAAGACAGCCAGGAACGACAACAGCAGCAGUUGCAGCCUUCAGAGCAGAUCGAAACGGAGGAAGAAGACGGACAAUGGACGACAGUCACCAAUAAAAAAAAGCCAAAACGGAAAAAGAGGAAACGAAAACGCGGAGAAGAAAAAAGUGCAGAGACUGAGGAGAAAAUUGCCUAA